AAGAAGCAGAAGAAGCAAACCCAACUCCAUUAUAUCGUUGUCCCAAUUGGGCGAAAGCACGCGAAAGGCGCCGCAUUUUCGCGUUUGUUUACGUUUUUCCGUUUGUGGAAGGCAUCGAUUUGCACCAGAAAAAGAAGCACAAGAAGCACAAGAAGCAGAGCCAACAGAGCCAACAGAGCCAACACGAGAACAUGCCCAAGUACAUCAGCAAGAAGCACGGGAAUUCAUGGCAACAUAGGCUUAAAGAUAUCAACAAAGCAAGACACGAGGGCUUUGCGGUCCUCGAGAACAUUGAGGACGAGUUCAGACACGAUUUGGGUGUGCAUCUCUACUCUUCGUUUCUCAUUCGUCUCAAGACACAAGGUCAGUAUCCCUACAGGAGCUGGACUGCCUGGCCCCUUCCCUACGACAGGUUGGUUGACUGCAAACACAGCAGGGUGUAUGUCGAUGAGGAGGGCGUUUCACUGGCAGGCGCUCAGGAGCAAACUUCUCAGAAACAACAGAAACAGCAGGUCCAAAGAGAUAUUAAUAGAACAAUAGCGACCUUGAGUCAAUUGGACGAUGUGCAGAAAGAGUUUCGUUCCAAUAAUAACCCAGACAUUCUCCAGAGUAUUCAAAAUGGCAUUGUGAGUCAACAGCCUGAAUAUCGGUUUGAAUUGGACAAUGGGAAUGAAAAUGGGAAUGAGAGCGAGAAAGAAGUGGAGUUUGAGGUAUUAUCUGAUCCUGAAAAGGCUUUGGAAUCAGAAAUAAAUGUCUUGUACCAAUCAAUAAUUUACAAAAAGAUACAGAAUUUCAAUAAUCAAAAUAAAUUGAAAAGAAACAACACCAAAAAAUUCCAACCAAUAGUUGAUCCAAGUAUCAAGAUUCCCUCAAAGAUAUUUCAAAAAAUUAAAAAACUUAUUGAUUUCCUAAUCCUAAAGAUAAUCAUAUUAAAAUAUCAUACAACAUCAUCCAGACAAAUUUCCUUCAAUACAGGUAAGAAAACAAAAAGCCACAGUUUAGUUAAAAAUGCAAAAUUAUUUGAUUGGCAAGAUAUUUUAUUGAUGUUAUCAAACUGCCCUAGUAAUAAGAAAUCCCAUCAGUUUUUGUUUCAAAAGACCUUAAAUCAUUCAAGAUACUUGUUUUAUGAUCUAGCCAAUGAUUUUUUGAUUCAACAUCAAAAUAACUCCAAUCAAAAUAUCAAUCAAGACGAAUUCUCGGAUAAUGAUAAUGAUCUCUCAGAUAAUGCUAAUGAAGGCAGAAUUGUUUUAUCCAAGCACAAUCAUACCAAUACCAAUAACAGUACCAAUAACAGUACCAACACCAACACCAACACCAUCCAGCUCAAGAUGUCUCUUAUCCAGUACUACAAGUACGAAACCUUGAUGGCCAACAUCAGAGUCUCCAACACUCUCAACAGCCCCAACGACAACUACACCAGCUCUUUGAAGAGGACCUACGAACUAUACAAACACUCGCAGUACACACCCUCAAUAAACACCUUCAAUAAACACUCUCAAUAAACAUCUCCUGCCAGUUCUCACUGUUGGGCUGUAGAACCUUCUCCUUCGUCUACUAUUGGCCAGUAUCGUCUCUUUUAUGUCUUUCAUGUCUCAUUUCAACACUUGUACCUCCAUUUCAACCCAAUAAAUGUAAAACAUUGUAGCCUAACCUGCUCUUUCCAACUACCAACACUGAUGUCCCCCUUCUCCUGCUCCAGCAGCUUGUGGCUUUUCAAACCAUGA